UUGAAGGGUUAAUUUCUAAAAUUAUUUUGAGAUGCCAAUUCUUCCAUCUAUUUGUUUAAGUUGCAUAAGUUGUGGAAUUUUUUUUUUUACAAGGUUCAUAUUUUCUUUGGCAGAUUCUAAGGGUGAACUUCAGUUGAUGAGCGGUUCAAUUCAGCCCAUAGACGUUUGGCAUAGUCGUGGUGUUAGGUACCAUGUGCAGUUUAAUGAGCUCAACCAACCAAUUCGGAAAGGUGGGCAUAUCUUGGUGCGAUUUCUAGGAAGUGUAGCAAAGGAUGGGACCUAUUGUCCAAUUGGAGAAAAGAAUUGGCAUCAUGUUGAUGUGAAACUCAAAACUAAAAUUGUUAUGAAGAUGAGAGUAUGCAUACAAGUUCAAACUAAAAUUGUUAUGAAUAUAUAUAUGUUUCUUAUAAGCUAUGUCUUAUUGAUCUUGCAUUAUUUUUUUUUUCUUUUUUCGUUGAAGGAACAUUUUGUGAUUCCUGAGGAUGAGGUCUAUGAUACAUUAGCUCUCCAACGUGUUAGCAAAUGUUGGAGGCACUAUAAACACUCACUUAAAUUGACAUUUUUCAAACCUGAUAAGCUUACAGAGGAAGAACAUUAUGAUAUUGUGCCUAGUGGACAUACUCGUUCUGAAUGGAAACCAUUGGUUCAGUAUUGGUUCUCAGUCAAAGGACAGCAAUUGUCUCAACUUGGAAAAGCGGCACGAGGAGCUCAAAAUCAAGUUCAUACAUUGGGUUCUACUAGUUACGCUAAUAUACGAGCUAAUUAUGAAGAUGAACAUGGAGAAGAAAUGAGUUUGAUUGAACUUUGGGAACCAACUCAUAAGAGAAAGGAUGGAACCUAUCUUGAAGGCACAGACACUUCAGACUUUUUGGAGGAUGCAAAGGCAAAGGUUGAUUCAUUAAAGCUUUGUAAUCCUUCUAUGUCUCGUGUUGACGUUGAGAAUGAAGCCUUUCAAACUGUCAUGAAUGGAGAUGUAGUACCUGAACGACCUCAGGGAUAUGGAUUUGGGGUGAAAAAAAGUGAUGGUGCGUGGUAUGCUUAGAAAAGAAGGAAAUGGAAAACUUUAAAGGAGACAUGUGGAACUAGAAAACGUUGUGGAAACAUCUUUAUUGAAGAAGAGAAAUGAGGAACUUGAAAAACAAAACAAAGAGAUAACUAACAAGUUUGAUGAGCAUACUAAGAUGAUGAAGACCAUUGCUACACAUUUUUCUCUAGUGUUAGAUGCGGUGCGUGAUGGAAAAGCUUCUACUCAACUUAUAGAUGCUGCAAAGUCAGCUAUGCAUUUGAUUACUACAGAGGUAUUGUUAUAAUAUUAUCAUUCAUUGCUUCACUUGAAUUAUCAAAAUCAAGUUGAUUACUAGUUACCUAUUCUUUUCUUUUGUCAUUAACUAACUUUUUAACAUCUUUUAUAAUUGACCAUCACUAUAAUAUAUCACAUUAAUUACUUAUGUCAUUCUUUGUUUUUUUUUUUUUAAGGAUCAAGAUUAUGGUGAAGGAAAAGAAGCCAAGGAUCCAUUAUUGUAUUAGUACAACUUGUAAAGCUAUUAAUGAUUUGAAAAGGCUUUGUAAAAGAUAUAUUUCUUUCGUUCUGUUUUUUUGGUAAGGUUUUAAGAAGUUGAUAGUAGACAUUAUCUAAUUGACUUAUUUGUAACCGAAUUGAACAGGAUAUUUUAGUGUGUAUUUAAUCAUUAGUGAAUUAAUACAGAUAAUAUUAUUAUAUAUAUUAUUGGUCAUUUCUACUUAAGUAUUUUUUAUUGGAAAAUCGCUUAUAAUAUAUUAUAUUUGAUCCAUAUCCAAUUAAAUAAUAGCUAUAAUUAUUAGAUUUUUUUCUAGGCUAAAAUCUCGACACUUUUUUGUGUUAAGAGUUAUUUUGGCUCUAAAAAUUUAUUUGUGGAGGUAAAAUAUUCUUGACGCUGGAAUGUGUCUAGAACAUAUUGUGCGACGCAGAAAAGCGUUGAGAAACCCAACACAAAACAACGUCACGCAUAUUUCAAGACGCAGAAAAGUGUUGAGAAACUCAACACCAAAAAGCGUCACAAGUCAUACUGGACGCAUCUCUGCGUUGAGAAUCUCAACGCAAGAAAGCGUCGAGAAUUCUCCACGCCUAAAAUCUCGACGCUUUUACAAAGCGUUGAGAAUCAAUUUCUCAACGCAUUUUUCCGUCUAGAAUAUUGAGGAAAAGCGUUGAGAAAACA